GUUAGGUGGUUUGUAUCUGUGGUGGUGGUGCUCUUAUGAUAGUAGUCGGUUUUAGCAGCAGUGAUGUCAAUACAAAAAUGUACGUGACUGAUAAUCAGCAAGGUCCCUGAGGUUCUCUGUCAUUUUCUCUAAGCUAGCCAUAGAGAGUGCUGGACAGCCAGAGGUGAGAGGGUUGUGAGCCUGCUGACCUGGAGGAGAGGGGGAAAGGGGUGUUAAGGCAUGAGUUUGGAACAGAGCAUAGUGCCAAGCACUUGAAACAGAACUCCUUAGGAGAAGGAAGGGUAGAGGACAUACAGGGAAGCAAUUUUUGCAGAGAGUGAAGACUAUGGCAGAUACUCGAGGAAGGCAAGUAGAAGGAAACUAGGGGAGGAAGUCAGGAGGAGAUGUAAGGCAUGACAAGGAUACCUGCGUGAAGCAGUGAUCAGAGACCUGUCAAGGGGUGAUGAGUACAGUGUUACAAUGUGGAGUGGAAGGUCUUGGAAACGUUACCCUGAGUGGACCUCAUCAUGAGGAGGAACUGAGAAAAUUGCGUGAAGAAACAAACAUUGAAACUUUGAAACAGGAGCUUGAAAAAGAACGAAUGAAAAGAUUAGACCUCGAGCAGAAAAUGAACGAGGUCAUUAAAGCGAGGUUGGAGGACUCGCCGGCACAGUCCCCACCUAAGGCGCCAUUACCAGUUGCCAAUGGGGCAGAUAAAGGCCAGGACACACUGUAUUACCGGCUGCAGAAGUGGCUAUAUGACAGGCUGGGCGUUUACAUUGAGGACUUCCGCUUUCAGCCCGAAGAGAGAACGGUGGAGGCAGAGGAGCCGCUGAGUGCCAAGAGGUUAACGGAAAACAUGAGGCGACUGAAGAGAGGAGCCAGACCUGUCACAAGCUUUAUGAGGAAUCUGUCCGCCUUGUCCAACUGGCACUCUGUAUACACGUCAGCCAUUGCAUUCAUUAUCUACAUGAACGCGGCCUGGUAUGGCUGGGCUAUCCCCAUGUUCCUGUUUCUCGCCAUUCUGAGAUUGUCCUUGAACUAUCUCAUCUCCAGGGGCUGGAGGAUUCAGUGGAGCAUCGUGCCUGAAGUUUCUGAACCAGUGGAACCCCCGAAGGAGGACCUGACUGUGUCAGAAAAGUUCCAGCUGGUUCUUGAUGUGGCACAGAAAGCUCAGAAUCUUUUCGGUAAGAUGGCAGAUGUCUUAGAGAAGAUAAAGAACCUGUUCAUGUGGGUGCAGCCAGAAAUCACCCAGAAGCUCUACGUCACACUCUGGGUUGCCUUCAUCUCCUCCUGUUUGCUUCCCUACAAGCUCUUAGGCUUCAUCAUUGGACUGUACGCUGGCAUCAAAUUCUUCAUAAUCGAUUUCAUCUUCAAAAGUUGCCCCAAGCUAAGGCGGAAGUAUGACACACCCUACAUUAUCUGGACCAGCCUGCCCACCGACCCGCAGCUGAAGGAGCGCAGCAAUGCCGCUGUGACCCGUCGGCUCUCUGCGUGUGAGAAGGUCCAGCCAGUGACCUCCCGUGGUAACCUAGCAACCAGUGUCCCAUGUGGCGUCAGCCGUGACGAGGAGAGCACCCGACCACACAGCACCAAGAAGGGUGCCUUCCACGAGAUCUUUAACCUGUCUGAGAAUGAGCGCCCCCUGCCGGUGUGUGAGAAUGGCUGGAGGUGCUGCCUGAUCAACCGGGACAAGAAGAUGCCCACAGAUUACAUCCGCAAUGGGGUGCUGUACGUCACUGAGAACUACUUGUGCUUCGAGAGCUCCAGCUCCCGCUCUGGCUCGUCCAAGAAGAAUAAAGUCAUCAAACUGGCUGACAUCACUGACGUCCAGAAGUACAAAGUUUUGUCUGUGUUGCCGGGAUCCGGAAUGGGAAUUUCGAUCGCUACACCUGCCACCCAGAAGCCCCUCGUGUUCGGCGCCAUGAUCCACCGUGACGAAGCCUUCGAGGCGAUCUUCACACAGUACAUGAAAACUGUGACCAGCACCAGCCCGGACACCUAGCGGCAGGCAGACGGGCAGCCAAAAAGCUGGGGGGUGGGGGUGGGGGCAAUUUCCUGCAAGCUCUACCAGCCUCUGAGCGACUGUGCUGGUGGUGGGGGUGGGGCUUGGGCCUGUGGCUGACCUCCCCCUCUCGUAUCCUUUGCUCUCUCGCUCUGGUCAUCUGAUGUGGGCUUGGCAGGGGGCAGAGCAAUUGGGUAUUUCCCUCCUUGUUUUUGCAGAGAGGCCGGGGCUGGGGGGUUCCUUUGGACACUGAUGUUUCAUGGCGGUGGGGGGGCUGGAUCUCCCUACCCACCUGCAGCCCCUUCCUGUUACUCGAUGUAGAUGUAUGUUGGAUGCUCUGGCUCUUUAGUACUGGCUUGAUGAGCUAUGUGCUUUGCCUCCUGGUCAUCACCAUGGCCACCAUUGCCCUGAGAGGGACUCUGCACCCCACAGAUGGAGAGAGGAUCACCGGUAAUGCUAAUUUGUGUCACCGGUUACCAGUAAACUCCUGAGUGACCAGUGCAACUAUUAUUAUAACCUGUAAAAUAUUUUACAUAUGGCCUUUCCUUUGAAUUUUUUAUGUUUUUUUUUUUUUUUUAUAAUCCAAGAUCUACUGAAUGUUUUCCUAACUAAAGCACACAUCCUUAUGCAGAGGAAAUCUAAACGGGAGGCUUUUGGAUUGCAUACAAAACCAUUAUUUCCCAGGAUUUUACAGCUUGUUUAUAAUGUUUUUACAAAUGUUAUACAUGUGUAAACUGCUGCAUCUCGUAAGGGGCUUUGACAUGCUCAGCCCAGUGUACUUCAACCUGCUAAGGACUUCCUGCACAGUAUUUAUGUGACAGUCAGUUGUAGAGUGAGCCAACCUUCCACCUAAUGGCAUGUACUGCAUGUCCUCUUGGACAUUAUCAUAGGGGCAUAGAUUUGGAGGUGAGGUAAUUGAUACAGGCAUUAGUCGGACAUCAUUUCUUAGCAUAAGAAAGUAAAAGAAUUAAAACUGAUGCUGAUUACUGUUAAAGGUGAAAAAUUAGCUUAAUUAGCCGUUUUAACAUCUGAUUACUACUUAUUUGGUCAGUACAGAUUAUUGCCUUAUUUUGUUUCAUCUGCUGUUCGAGUUUGCCCUCGAAGUGUUAUUAUUAAAAGCUGGAAUUUUGAAAGUUUUGAACGUUCCUGAAUUCAGUGCUAAGCCAUGUGCUGACCUGCAGUGUAACCAUGGUUAUAUCUCCCUACCAAAUUUUCACGUGCUUCCCGUCAGGUCUGAGGCCCUGAGGUGUCCUGUGUUGGACAGUGGCCUGUGCCGGCCUCCUCUAUGUUUUUGUGUGUUUUUAUUAACAACAAUUUAGUAGCGUGGAAAAGCAGGAUCCUGACCAUCCCUCGAUAUGUGACCGUUGAUGUCCUCCUGUACCUUUUCAUCAUCAAAGCUCCGUCCUGCCUCCUGCCCAGAGUCCUCAUGCAUUUUUUUUUCAUGGAUAACAGAGCUUUUGCCAAAUGUUUAUUUUAUAAUGACCUGCAGUAUGUACACAGGAGGCCAGUCAGGGUUUUGGCCUUGCCAUGAUGGGGGCUUGGUUAAGGUGGGAUGUGGUUGGGCGUGAUUGGUAAUGGGCGCGUGACCGCUGCACAUGGCGAUGCGGCUUCGGUUUGGCCAGUUACAGGAUGGCUUCUGCUCCCUCUUGUGGCUGGAACCUCCAGUGGAUUUGUGCUGAGAAGUGGUUGAAUGAGUUCCGGCGAUGGUAGUGGAGAACUUUUGGUUCUGUUCCGAAGGCACCUGCCUGUCCUUGGGCUGGUGUACAGAGGAAUCCACUUUUUAUCUUAGUAGAGCCAAACUUGUCCUGGUAUUAGGAUUUUGUCAGGUCUCUCUGGCACCAAGAGAAGUUUUUUAGUGGCACUUCAUGCCUCUAGAUAGGGAUGGUGGCAUGUCUGUUAGGAUAUGAAGGCCUGACAUGCUUGAGUGGGGUUCUGAUGGGUCCCCCUCCCGGACCGGGGUGCAACGCCCAUGCCGUGUACUCACACACUCUGCCUUAGUGUAGCUUUCAGUGUUCAUGAAUACUCACUGUAACCCUGUGUAAAUGUAACUCUGUGAUUACAAAUCUGAGUGUAACCGCACAUCUGUUAUUGGUGUCACUGUUGUCUGAUGACAAUGGAAGAAUUUAUUUAUAUUUCAAAACAUGUUCUGUUGGGGGUGGUCUGUAAAGUUUUUAAAAGAGUAUCUAUUGUAAAAAUGUGAUGUAUGUUUUUUAAGUAAAUGAAUUUAAAUGACA